UUACAAGAUGAAGAUAACCAAGAGAAGGAUGAAAAGGAUGAAUUUUAUAUUGAAGAUGAUAACUCUACCAUUAGUAUUCAAGCAUUGACUAUUUACUUGUCUACAACAAGUACUCAAGCAUCGACUGAUGCUUCCUUGCCCACAAUAACAUUAACUGAUGUUUCCUUGCCUACAAUGAGUAUUCAAUCAUCAAUUAAUGCUUUCUUGCUUGCAACAAGUACUCAAGCAUUGACUGACUUUUCCUUGUCUAUAAUUAGUAUGAGUACUCAAGCAUUUAUUGAUGUCUCUAUCCAAAAUGAUGAUUUAAAGUUUGUUAAAGGGAAUGAACCAGAAAGUGUAGGAUGGAUUAAACACUGGAUUUUAUCAAGUGGAACCGAUGUAGAUCAAUUACAAGAUGAAGAUAACCAAGAGAAGGAUGAGAAGGAUGAAUUUUAUAUUGAAGAUGAUAACUCUAUCAUUAGUAUUCAAGCAUUGACUAUUUACUUGUCUACAAUGAGUACUCAAGCAUCAACUAAUGCUUCUUUGCCCACAAUGAUUACAAAGAUGAAAAUACCAAAGAAGAAAAAAGAUGAAUCUUAUAUUGAAUACUAUAGAGACUCUACUAUGAGUAUUCAAGCAUUGACUGAUGUUUCCUUGCCUACAAUGAGUAUUCAAUCAUCGAUUAAUGCUUUCUUUCUUGCAACGAGCACUCAAGCAUCAACUGACUUUUUUUUGCCUACAAUGAGUAUGAGUACUCAAGCAUUUAUUGAUGUCUCUAUUCAAAAUGAUGAUUUAAAGUUUGUUGAAAAGAAUGAACCAAAGAGUGUAGGAUGGAUUAAACACUGGAUUUUAUCAAGUGGAACCGAUAUAGAUCAGAUAUUGGCUGACUAUAGAUGCAAAAUUCCAGAAUCACAAAAAUGUAUUAAGCUUCUAAAAGAAACAAGCCAACUAUUCACUACAGAAGAUUGGACUGAAAUGUUAAAAAGCUUAGAAGAUAAGAUAGAGAUUGUUAAAGAUGACAUACCUGAUAUUAUAUAUUUGUUUUUUGACAAAAACAAUGAAAAUAGUAAAAACAUUGUAAUAGCAAUUGAUGGAAUCUCUUUGCAAAAAGCACAAAAUCAUUUUUAG